UAGUCUGUCGUUUUCACGCUCUAUGAUUUCGACGCGCUGCUGUUUCUACCGUCCAUGGAUUCCUAUUUUUUACUUUUUUAAUUUCGUGUCCGUUUAUUUCGUAUAACAUUAUCGCAGUCAUCAUCAUUAUUGUUAGCGCAAAAUUUGUGUAUUUGUUAAUACAUAUAUGUAGGUUAAACGAGAACGCGAGUUUUUUUGAAAAUGCAGUUUUUUAUAAAUAUUUUGUUACUUUGUGUUCAAGUAAUACUUUUCGUGGUAGUAAUAUCUCAAAACACAGAUGAGUCCAUUACUACGAUGGUUCAGACGACGACUAGACCCAUGGGACCAAUGGGCGUUGACAUUUUAUCCAUUUAUGUACCUCCAGGAAUUGGCAAUGCUGUCAAGCUAGUUUGGGGUGACGAUAGAGGUACUGAAGGGAUGAAUCUGACAUAUGGUGUGUAUUAUGGUAUAGACGAAUCGGAACUAGAAUUUCCUAAGUUAACAACAUCCAAUCAAAGUAUGCUCAUUGAAGAUUUAGAGUAUUGUACAACGUAUCAUUUUGCUGUUACAUUGCUGGAGGAAAACGGAAACGUUCAAGAAACGAAAAUCAACCCAUACAUUAUGAGGACUUUAAUCACUGGUCUAGAUCACAUGGCUGCACCUAUAAAUUUAACAGUAGACUUUGAGCCAAAAGUGCAACCCUGUAUUGACAUUAAAUGGUCAGCUGCCUGUCCAAACGUAGUUGCUCCCAUAGGAUAUGUGCUAUCUAUAUUUGAUAAAAAGCUUGUUAAAUAUAAAGUGAUGACACUAGCCAGAACAAAAAGAUCCGAUUUAGUACACCGCAUGCCAGUAAAUUAUGGUGAUAUGUACGAAAUUCGAGUUUCAACUAAUUUCCCAGGAUCCAAAGCAGUAGGGCCUUUUUUUUACGAAGUACCACAGGCUCUGCAACCAUUCAAACUAAAAGUGACAGUUAACAAAGAUGAUGACGCCUUCUUGAUUUACUGGAAAGAGCCUUAUGUUCCUUUGACAAUAGGCAGAUAUUAUUAUCAGGUAUUUGUGUACCCUGGAAGAGACCUUGAAGCACCGUAUGAAAAAUAUUACGUUACCAGGCCUGUGAUGGUGUACAAAGGGGAGAGAGGAGAGUACUCUUUUAGUGUCAAUUUUGCUUCAAGUGACAGAAAGCAUGUGUCAGCUGUCACCACUCCUGUCUAUGCCAAUUUGAAUGGAGAAGUUUAUGAGUUAAAUGCCACAUUUACUGAAACACCGGAUAGGUGAUACUCCAAUGUUUUAUAGUAUGUUUUGUUAAUGUAAAAUAAAGAAAUAUAAUUUGGUUUUUA